UUUUGAGAAUCUCUCGGGACCUGUUGUGUAUUCAUCAGUCCGUCCACGUCAAGGCUAAUUGUGGGUGGAGACCGUCUAGACUUGCGCAGUGAGUGCGGCCGGGAGAGCAUUCGGUUUCCGGACCUUAUUUGGAAAAUGCACUAAAGGCAGAGAACAAUGUCAGAAGAUUUUAAGAGGAGAUUUGAGUUCCAAAAUAUAACAAUCCAGUCGCAGGCUGUGGGACAACUGGUUGCUGCUGUAUUAAAGGAAAAGGGGUCAUCGUCUCCGAUAAGUUAUUCUUCAGAUCAGAGCCCUGCGUUGAACCUGUUGUGGGAGAAGUGUUGCAGUGAUAAUGUGGUGGUACGGUCUGCCUGUUCUGAAGUAUUGGUUGCACUUGUUGCACAGAACCACGCCGAUUUUAAUUAUGUGCUCAAUGGAAUUUUGAAUCUAAUUCCUUCUGCCAGUAACGUCCAAGGCUUGAUUCGAAGUAUCAGUAAAUUGCUACUGAUGCAAGCACAAGGAACUGAUCCAAGCCAUAAAACAGUUUAUUCGUGUCCGUAUGCCAUCAGGAAUCCCCCACAUCCUUUUGUUUUUGUUUUGGAAAAUAGACCUGACAGCUGGCCCUUCCUCCUUCAGCAAAUAGCUUCUAUUUUUCGACAACCUUCAAAGAGGUUAAACGCAUCCAUUGUAGUAAUGAUGGCACCAUUCUUCAAGUAUCUGUACUGUGAACCUUCCUGCCUACGAGAGAACUCUGAGCUUCGUCUUAGUCUUCUUCAGAUUAUACUUCAGAGCCGAUCUGCAGAGGAAAAGAAUGCACCUCCUCUGUUUACCCAGCAGGUCCUCCGUCUCUUCUUUGAUCUUGUUCCGCAUUUGCAGGUAACCAGUUUGGCACAAGUUACAGAAGCCACAAUAUUUCUUCAAGAGUUGUCAUUAGCUUUCCUCCAGCAUGCUCAUUUUUGGAAAUCUGAGCUCGCCCAGCUAUCUCUGCAAUUGCUGUGUGUUUGUGAAGUUAGCCUGAAAAUCACUGGAGAGCUCUCCUCACUUAUUCAUCAAAUUCAGAUGAUUGUCAACAAUGUUCCUGAUAGUAUUCCUGCCGAAGAAAUGCUUGUGGGACUGAGCUUACUUCUACUACAGACUCCAGUGUGCCAACAAGAGCCUAUUUUGAACCUCGGUAAGCUCGAACUGUUAUACAAUACGCUUAAAUUCAGAGCACAAGUUAUAAGCAUACUGUGGAGCCAUACCCAGAGUAAGAACUCGCUUAUAGCUUGCUCAGCGUACAAGGCCCUUUCGGUAUUCAACUCUGAGGAAUACACAGUUCUUCACCUGCCACAACAGGUAAGGCCAGAAAGAAAACAUGAUUAUGAAAGUGAUGAGAUGGAAAUGAAUGAGGAUGAAGAAGAAGAAAAGGAAGAAGAUCUUUCAGUCCCAGGUGCAUCUUACAUGAAGCUGCUUUUAAUGACACCUCUGCCUGUGUUUUCUGCUUUUGAAGAGUUUUUGACAUCUCUCGUGACCCAAGAAUUAACGGUGAUGCCCCGUGGGGUCUAUUACUCGGCACUCCGAGGAGGAACUGUACGCUCUGACCAAGGCAAGACUGUGGCGGGGAUUCCUAACUUCAUGCUCAAGACGUAUGAGAAGAACAAACAACCUGGACUGAAGUCUGGUCUGGCAGCUGGUUUAUUACUUUGUUAUGAUCUACAUGUUCAGACUGAUAAAGAUGGCAAGCCUAUUAAUCGCUUUCUGGUGAGCCGGGGCCGUAGCUACCAGCAGAUGCUUGCAGCCCUUAUCCAUGAGGUGCCUAUCCAACCUUCCGAAUGGCAUAAAUCUAUUUUACUGACCCAAGCGUGGCUAGGUUUUAUGGGGCGAACAUUUCAUGCUGUUCUGCAGGGGAGACAAGCUGAGCUGGAGAUGCAACAGAAGCAUGGGAAAGAUGAUCCUGAAGAGCUGCAGUACAAAAAGUUUAUUUCCUGGCUCUGGGUCAGGGACCUGCUGACUGAUGUAGUUAAAUCAGCUUCAAAGGACAGCCCUGUUGUGCAGGGAAAUUCCAUCCUCGCUUUGAGUGGAUUGGCUGUGACUGUUGCUAAGUACGAGAGCAGCCUACCGUCGGACGCUCAUGACGCACCAGAAAUCGGGGCUGAUAUUUUACCAACAGAACACUGGAUAUCAAUGGUGGUGGAGACGCUACUGAGCAUAGUUGACAGUCAUUAUCGUCCUAAGGGGCGUAUUUUUCCAUGGUUUCAACAUAAAUCCUACUCCGGGGAGAAUACAGCCAGUGCCAUUGCUCGCUCGUGUGCUGCGACUGCUUUGACCCUUCUUGCACCUGUUUUCAUCACAUCACGCAAAGACAGCAUCGGAGAGGUCCUGGGCAUUCUCGUUGCAGGUCUGCCAGGAAAGCAGAAAGCUGACACCUCCCAAGCUGUUCUGUUUCACAUGGGAUUAGCUGCAGGAAUGUUUCUGUCUCGCUUGUACGAAGAACGAAUGAGUGAUGUCUCCGGGCAGAAGAUGAAUUUACUGCUCAUGAAGUCAUUGGAUGCUCUGGAGAAGUGUUGCUUUGAUACGAGCUUGGAAUACAAUACGGGCUGCAUCCUGGGAGUGGGGCUGGUUCUGUCCCUGAUGAGCCAAAGCAGCCAAACAGAGAGCCGUGUGCAUGUGUCUGUCUCUCUUAGUGAACUCUGUCGCAGCUUGGAUGAAAGUACGUUUCAGAGCAGGGUACACCAAGAGGUAUUGGCUUAUUCAGUGGCAUGUGUGAGUGUUUCUGCUUUCAGUGCUGGGAUCAUACAAGCUAAUGAGGCUGAAGAGAUCAUGAACAAGUUGCAGAGUCUGACAGAACAGAGCCAACAGACUGCAGGUUUUGCUAUGGCUCUGGGAAACAUAGUUCAUGGCUUGGCUGUCUGUGGACAUGGUAAGGCCGAAGACCUCAGUAACCGGCUACUUCCUGCUUGGCUCAAGAUACUUCUAGCUGAGGGUUGCCCCACAAUGCAUCGAUUAGCUGCAGUAAAUGGUCUUGUUGCUUUGGUGGGAUCUGAAAGUUCCCUGAUACAGUUGAAAUCAGAAUCAAUCCAGUCAUCCCAAUUUCAAUCGAAGAUGAAUGAGGUUAUAAGAGCAAUGACUCAGACAAUUAGUUUUUCUGGUGUGAUUGGACUCCAGUCGAAUGCUGCCUAUGCUUUAGGACAUCUACACCUGACCAACAUGUCAUCCAGUCAGAGUCGAACAUCAGUGCCUCCAGAUUUUGGCUAUUUGCCAGAAAGAAGUGUCAUCAGAUCUGCUACUGACUAUGUUAUUGAAGCAGGAAAGAAAGGUCCUGAGAGAAUUCCUGCCCAGCUCGUGAAGGUUUUGUUGGGGCCUGUUGCUAGAUGUGGGAGCAGUUACCAAUAUCCCCCUGUUAAUUGGGCUUCCAUACUUUCACCACUUAUGAGACUGAAUUUUGGUGAAGAUGUUCAGCAGCACUGCAUUGAAAUAGCAGUUACCCAGGCUCAGACAUCACAAAGUGCUGCAAUGUUCUUAGGAAUGUGGGUGGCACCGCCAUUAGUGUACAGCCUUAACUUGGAGACAAGAAAAUACCUCUUCAUGUCUCUUGCUUCCUGGAUGAAACAUGUGUCUGAAGAUAAACUUCAAACAUUUGUUGAAGUGCUUGCAGUCCAAUACUUUACCUCAGGCAACAGGCAGAAAAGCCCAGACCUGUGUCAUUCCAUUCUACAAGGGCUAAAUGAAGCGAUGAAGGUUCCAACGCAAGUGCAGCACAGCUGGAGCAUAUUGUGCAAAAGUGUUGCGAUGAUCUUUGAAAUGCUACCUAAUGAAAUCCAGGUCAGUGAGCUGAAGUUUUAUGUUGGAAUCACCAAGUGCCUUUCUGAACUGGCUGAUACUGAGAUCGACAGAAUAACCCAAGUUACCAAGGAUACAAUUGCAAAGAGCACCUUUGUCCGAGCAUACCUGGUUUCUCAAGGCCGGGUUCCUUUGCUGUGUCUUAAUGAUGUUAUUGCUGCAGCAGUAGGCAGCUGUCACAUGGAGACUGUCGUCUGGAUUUUGCUGCAGAGCUUUUACCAGUGUCGACUCAUCAGCCACCAGAACACCGGUGUAAUAAAACGGAUGGAAUGGCUGUUGGAGCUGAUGGGACAUGUCCGAAAUGUUGCUUAUGGGUCAGCUCCUAUGCAGAAUGCAGAUCCUAAAGAGGCUGUGGGCUUCCUGCUGAGUAUAGUUGCUGCAGUUGUUGCUGCAUGGAGUGAUCAUACAAUACCACUGAUGCUUGGUGUUCGGGCCAGCUGGUUGCCAUGGAGUGAAGAGAAAAGUUUCAUCGACUGCAUGAAAUCUUCUCUCGGUGGAAGUUCAGUGGACUCCUUGUCAGUGCAACAAUGUUUUUACCUUCUACCGCAAAGCAUUGUCUUAUUGCUGGCUAAAGAGCCGUGGAAAGACCACACGCAAAAGUUCAUUGAUUGGCUUUUUAACAUAGCCGAAUGCCCAUGUGAAAUAUUAUCAUUGGAUAAGUUGAACGUGAUCAAAGCAACACUUCUGGCACUGCGGUUUUUACCUGAGUACAGGAAGAAGGCUAUCUGGACUCGUGCAUAUGGAUGGUAACUGGCAAUGUUUUGAGGGCUAACCUGAUCAGCUUUAAGCAGGAGCCUGCAUUUGCCAAUAAGUGAGGACUGCGUGAGGAAGGGAAGGAUGGGCUUGAUGAUGCACUCGAGUGACAAGAUACCAAAUGUAUUACAAAACCAUGACGGACAAGCUGUUUGCUGCUAAUGGAUGAGUAGCAUGCCUAUCACAUACCACCAUGUAUGUCAAAGAUAUCUUAUGCACUUUGUUUACAGAAACAAACCACCUCAAAUAGUGCAUAAAACUACAACUAUAUUAAUAGAUUUUGUUUUGUUAUUGAAGAAUUCACCAAAGUAUAAGCAAUAUAUUUGAAAACAGAGACAUUUAGCUCUGUUUAAAAUAUUGUUCCCUGCGUCUUUAAACUGCCAGUGCUUUUUCUCUGCGAAUAGUUUCCAAUGAGAAGUUGGCCAAGGUUCUAAUCAUAUCGCGCCAACAUAUUGUUUGCUUAAAAAAAAAUUCAGACGCAAAUCGGAAUGAUGAAAUAAAAACAUCAAUUCAUGUGCAGAGCCUGUAAGUUUGAAGUUCUUCUGUUGAUGUUAAGUCAAAUAAUAAUUAAAGGUUGGGAUUCUGAAAUGUU